AUGACGAUAACAAAAAGAAGCAGGUUGAGAUUGCUGAGACGCAUAGAAAGCAAUUUUGAUAUCGAGAACAGGGUGGAGGCCAACAACAGAGUGGAUAGUGAUGCUUCCAGGGCACAGGGAGCCCAACCUCAUGUCAGUGAGGCCCAGUUAGCACCAUCCUACCGUUCCUGCAGAUUUUGUGGUCAGCAACAUCGUGGUCAGAGCAAGAAGGGGAGGAACAGAUAUUUUAUAUGUAUUCAAAUUUGGCAUAUGCAACGGAACUGUCCCUCUAGAGUUUCUUUUAGGGAAAACAAGGUUCUUAUUGCCUCUUCUUCAGCUCCUACACCAAAUAGUGCUACUUCUAGCUCCGGUACUGGUCAGAACCAUCUUUAUGCACUCACUACUCAUCGGGAGUCUGUGGUGUCUCCAGAUGUUGUUACUGUACCGAAGGGUGCUACUUCUAGCAUCGGUACUGGCCAGAAUCAUCUGUAUGCUCUUACCGUCCAUCAAGAAUCUGAAGGUUCUCCUAAUGUUGUCACUGAUUUCGAGGAUAUACAUGUGAUAGUUCAAGAGCUGGUGAAAGAAUCUUUUGGUGUUGAGCUUUUGGGGUUGGAUGGUGGUGCGCCAUAUGAUAGUUCACAGUCUGUAGAUCAAAGUGGUGCUAAGGCUCCCAGAUUUGAGGUUCCUCCUGCACCGAUAGUUGCUCAUAGUCGCUCAACUAGUGGUUUCCCAUCUUGCUAUGUAUGCUGGUGA